AAAACCAUUUUCCGCUCAAGUCACUCACACUCUCUCUUCUUCUUAUCUUCUCUUGGCUCUAUUGAAACAAUAUGGCCAGUUCACUACCAUAUCUAAUGGAAGAUCCAAAGAAACCCUACAAACCAAAAGUCAAAGGGAUGUCCAUUUUUCCCUUCAUUUUCUCAAUCUUUAUUUACAUUUCCAUCUUCUACAAAUUCAACCUCUCUCCUUCAACUCUCUUCAACAACACCAAGUUUUGGUUUCUCAUAUCAAACACUCUCAUCCUCAUCAUAGCUGCUGAUUAUGGUGCAUUCUCUUCGUCCAAAGACAAACAAGGCGUCUACAAUGAGUACUUCAUGCACAACGAAUUAAGGCGUAGUUCUUCCUCGUUUGUUUUGGAGUACCAAGAAAUUGCCAAGAAAAGCAACGUCAACACUCAAAAACAUGAAGAUUCGGUCGAGAAAAUGCAAGAGAAGAAAGAAAAAGAGAUUAAACCCCUAGAAAAUAAAAUGCAAAUUAUGGCCAUAAACGAGCACGAAAAAGCUACUUCUAUGACUCAAGAAGAUCAAGAUCAUAUCCAAGAGAAAAGGAUUGUCCACGUUGGUAAGAAGUCAGACUAUGAAACAAAAAAGAAUAUUAAUGAGGGAAGAAAAAAUAGUAUUUAUAGGAGAAGUAAGUCUGAGAGGGUUAAAAAAGUGGUGAUUGACGAGAGUAAAAACAGUGUAGCUUUGAGGAGGUCAGAGACCGAAAAAUAUGACCAAAAAAAUGAGGGAGAGGUGAUGAAUGAGUUCUCAAACAUGUCGGAUGAAGAUUUAAAUAGAAGAGUUGAAGAGUUCAUUCAGAGAUUUAAUAGACAAAUUCGGCUUCAAGCGCGGGAAUAUUAUGAUAAUUAG